CACUUGCACAGCCUAUAAUCCUGAGAAGCCCAGCCCCUUUCAUACUGCAAUCCCCACUUCUUGGUAGGGCAGCCAUGCCACCCCCUUCUCAACUACCCUCUCCCGAAGCCAUGCCACCAACCCACCUUCCUGCUAAUCCACUCCAAGCCCCACAGAAAUAUCCUGAUGCGAAGCCAAGGGAGCGCAGAGCCUCCAUUAAGCAAGAGACUGACAUGAAGACCAGCAGCGAAGCCAAAGGAAAAGAACUGAAGAAUGGCCAGGACUGAAGUUUUCCCCAAAGCUUUCCCCACCUCAGCUCCAUCAAUGCCAAAUCCAGAAACCAGCAAGCAAGAGCGCAUCGUUGGCGAGAUCGCAUUCCAACUGGACCGCAGGAUUCUCUCCAGCAUCUUUCCUGACCGCGUGCGCCUCUACGGUUUCACCGUCCGCAACAUCCCUGAGAAAGUCGCGCAGAGUGGAGCUGACCCCUUCCUGCAGCUGACAACAGAGCAGGCUUCAACCAUCAUGGAGCGCUACAACCACAUCAUGGACCGCCUGAAGCAGCUGGGCUAUGACCCAAGCGUCCACCCUACCCUGACGGAGCACAUUGUCAACACUUUUGGCAUCCUCCGGGAUCGGCCAGACAUGACAGGCGCAGAGGCAACCGCCUACAAUGACAUACAGUAUCUGCAGGAGGUGGUCAAGAAUGCCACCCCUCCAGAAAUGUACAACAACUGCAUGCUGCUCCUCAACUGCCUCCAUCAACUGUCUCAGGAUGACGGGAAGCCCUUAUUCAUAUGGUGAACAUCCCACUCCCCCCACUGUACGCACUGUAUCACUGCAAACACAAUAAACCAUCUGAAAAUG